UGAGGCGGAGAACGCCUUCUUCUCCAAUCUCAGACUAGUGGACUUCAACAUCAUCGACACUCUUGGAGUUGGUGGUUUUGGGCGCGUUGAGCUGGUGCAGCUGAAGAACGAGGAGGCCAAGACGUUUGCAAUGAAGAUCCUGAAGAAGCGCCACAUAGUGGACACGAGACAACAGGAGCACAUCAGAUCAGAGAAACACAUCAUGACCGAGGCCCACUCCGACUUCAUAGUCAGGUUAUAUCGGACGUUCAAAGACAGAAAAUACCUCUACAUGCUGAUGGAGGCCUGUCUAGGGGGAGAGUUAUGGACCAUACUGAGAGACAGGGGAUCCUUUGAGGACGCCACCACCCGAUUUUACACCGCCUGCGUGGUGGAGGCCUUUGCCUAUCUGCACUCUAAAGGCAUCAUCUACAGAGACCUCAAACCCGAGAACCUGAUACUGGACAGCAGGGGAUACGCCAAGCUGGUGGACUUUGGCUUCGCCAAGAAGAUCGGCUUCGGUAAGAAGACCUGGACCUUCUGUGGAACUCCAGAAUACGUGGCGCCGGAGAUCAUCCUCAACAAAGGCCAUGACAUAUCAGCAGACUACUGGUCUCUGGGCAUCCUCAUGUACGAGCUGCUGACUGGAAGCCCUCCAUUCUCAGGUCCAGACCCCAUGAAGACCUACAACAUCAUCCUGAGGGGCAUCGACAUGAUCGAGUUCCCCAAGAAGGUCACCAAGAACGCCGCCAAUCUCAUCAAGAAACUAUGCAGAGACAGCCCCUCAGAGAGACUUGGAAAUUUGAAAAAUGGAGUGAAAGACAUCCAGAAGCACAAGUGGUUUGAGGGAUUCAACUGGGAGGGGUUGAGGAAAGGAACGUUGACUCCUCCUUUCACACCUGAUGUCUCCUCCCCCACAGACACCAGUAACUUUGACAGUUUCCCCGAGGACAACGAGGAACCUCCGCCGGACGACAACUCCGGCUGGGACAACGACUUUUAAACUGCAGCUUCCUGUCUUUCGCCCCGUGUCUCCCAUCUCCCAAAGUC